AUGACAGAUUCUGUGCUCCUCCAUCCCCGCUGGAUCGAGCCUGUCAUGUUCCUCUACGAAAACAGCCUGGAGGAGAUCAGCAAGAACAUGGAAGCCGGUUUCCACGCCACAGCGGCUGCAGGCACCAACUUCGCCACGGCCAACCAAUGCUGGAACCUGAUGGCUCACCCAGCCUCGCUGGCCGCUCCGGGCAGCACCGCAGCCUACACGUCCAGCGAGGUGCCCGCGGCCAGCAUGGUAGAGCCAGGGGCCGCUGUCAAGCAAUGCAGACCCUGCUUGGCUGCCGUGCAGAGCUCCUCAGGGCCUGCCGCCCUGCCUUACAGCUACUUCAGCAGCGGCUACUUCCCGUGCUGCAUGAGCCACCACAAUGCCACCCUCAAAUCCUGCGCCCAGCCCGCCUCCUCCUUCACCGACAAAUACAUGGACAUGUCGGUGUCGCACAUUGACCAUGUUAGCCCUCUGAGGCUGCAAUUCUAA